UGCACCAAGUUCUGGAUGUUCCGAAAGCCAUAUGCCAAAGCAAACUGGAGCAGGACUGUUCCAUCCUUCUCCAGGGUCACCUCCUGGAAGUCCUUGUUUCUGAGGAACAAGAGCAGAGAAAAUAUCUUCUCUAAAUUAACUUCUAUUUUAAACUUCCAAGACCCCUGUGCUAAAACAAAGUUCUUUGAGAAAGCUUACUGGAGAAAGCAGCCCUAGUUCUCUGACACCCAAACCAAACUGCUGAAGGAAGAAGCUUGCAGAUGCUUUCCCAGCCUCAUUUGGGGACCUGCCACCUGCACUGAGCUUGCUGAAGAUCACCUAUGUUAAAUAAAUCCUUAAAAGCCAAGCAAAUGGGAUCUCCACAAGUGUUUCACUGUGACAAGCCUUAGGAGUUGGCUUCAGACAACUUACGCAUCAAAGAGGCCACUGAGGGAACUUUUAAAUUGCAAUGUAUCAUAAAACCAGGGAGCAAACCACUACCAAAGGCUCCCAGACUCCCAAGAAGCAGAUUUAAGAAGCCAGAGACACACCCUGGUUUGCUCAGUGAAAAACAGCCCUCCAGGAUCGUAGUCCUGCACACGCAAGUGCCAGCGACCAGCAGCGUGGAGGUGAUUCCUUGAAUGUGUGGGCACUGUGAAGACCUUUGCAGAAAUGCUGCCUUUACUUCCAGGACUGGGCUUCCUCCUUUUGGCUGGUUGGCAAGUAGCUGCUGCAACUUCUGCUGGGCCGUAUCUGUGCUCCAGCUCCCCUGUCAAUGAAUCUGCUGUGUGUGCUUCAGUGAAAAGUGUCAGUCAAGAGAUGCUUCUUGAGAUAACCCGUGGCCAAGCCUCCCCCUGCAGCCUCACUUUUGGUCAAUAUGCCUGUUCAAAGCGUGCUUGGCUCCAGGACCUUCAGGAUGAUUUCCUCAUAUCCUUGUAUUCUUGCCUUACCCCUAAACCUGUCAGUGAUAUGGAUCGAGAAUACUCCAUCCUGUUCUUUUCCAAAUAUGAUGCCAAGAAGCUUCUAGCUGCCCUGACCAUGUUCAGCCAGCGGUUUUCUCACACGCCUCUUUCGCUCGAGUGGAACAUCAUCUUUGUUAAUGGCCUGUGGGAGAAGAUAAUGCAAAUACCGGAUAUUGACAGCCCAUCUGUUUUGUCUCAGUGGGUCCAAGAGGGGCUUCAGCCAUUCCUCGUUGAGCCCAAGGUCUUUGCUUGCCUCCAUGCCAAAAACAUGUUGUGUGAGACGUUUCAGAUGAUAGUUGCUGCCCUGAAUGACAUAUAUUCUGACCUAUCGGUGGAAGAACAGAGGAAUCUCUACACUGGGAUGAAGUACUAUCUCAUCCAGGAUGGAUCAAACCAGAAGUGCUAUAGUGCAGUUGUUCCAGGUCUGAAUUCCACUGCUUGGUUUGAACAUUAUCUUGGAUCCUUUUUGGAGCAUGCUACUGUUGAAGACCUGCAGCUUUUUGGUGAUGAACCAACACUACAAAAAUUUGCCAGGGAUCCAGUCAAUAUGCAGUUGAUCAGCAACCUCACCUUGCUGCGGGAGACAGCGCUGUACUACACCUCGCUGCUGACCUCUGUGCCUGCUUUCCCCUUAUCAAGUCUCCCAGACAGAUUUGUUUGCUACCUGAGACCUUCAGCAGUGAGCAACUUGAGCAGAGAUGAUGUUUUGAGCUUGGCCCAGAGGAUCAGUAAGAACUGCCUACUGAACCUGACACACAGAGGAACAACUAGAGAAAGAGCUCCCUUCUCCCUUACAACAGAAGAGCUGCAGGUUGCAUCCUCUUUGGUGAGAAAGUUUGAUCAUUUCUCCCCUGCAAUCCUGCAUGCAUUGGGCCAGACUGCAGUUGGACUCUCUGUACCUGACAUUGAAAAUAGCAUCAGUGAUAAAGACCUUGAAGCAUCUAUUCCUGCCUUGGGUGAAGUUCGUGGCUGGAAUGCUGACCAGUCCAGUGCUAUUAUCAACAAACUCCUCAGCUCUGGCUAUCAGAUCCGGAAUGGACAGAGCCUGGCAAACCUAGGGAGCUUGAUGACUGGCCUCAACAGCAGCACACUUCAAAGUCUGCCUCCAGAACUGGUCGUGGAAGCCAUUAAGUUGCCUGAGUUUGUGCAGCAAGUGGUGACCGUGCCCUCUGCUCUGAAAAGGACAUUUGUGGAAAAGGUUUCCUUCAGUGUAGGCCACCCUGCUGAGCUGGUUAAAUAUAUCCCUGAUGCUCUGGCCAGUUACGUUCCAAAAUCAUUACUCGUUUUUGGGGAAGAGAAGCCCAAUAUUCAGGAUCUCAACAGUAAAAUGUGGACCAGAGAACAGGCUGCCAUGUUUUUCAGUGAUGCCAUACAGAUGGAGCCUGACUUCAGCAGGCUUUCCCAGUCAGUCCUCCAAGGCUUCACAUGUGCAGAUGCCAAUGGGAUGGAAGUAGAAAGAUUUCAGGAACUAGCCAAAGUCAUGAAGAAGAAGAAUGUCAAGCUAGGAGAAGAUGAGCUGAGUUGCUUAGUGAAGAUGGUGACACUGCAUGGGAUUCCCAAGGAUCUGGACAGCUAUCCUGAAGACCUGUUGCUGUUUUUAAGUCCUUCAGACUAUGCAGAGACUGGAAGCUGUGAGCAGUACUUUGCUAAUAUUGGGAAAGCAAAUCUUGAUAUUUUGCAAAGAGAGUCGUCUCAGCGGAAACAACUGCUCCUGGAGGCUUUAGCAUGUUUGAAAAUUCCUGGCACACAAAUAAACAUGGAAAAUGCAGAGAUUCUGGGACAUCUGGUCUGUGACCUGGGUGGAGAAUACAUUAGAAGUUCUGGUGGGCAUUUGCUGAAGCAGUUAAGCCAGUGUGAAUCUUUCCUGCCUGAUCAAGAAGAGGCGAUUAGGACUGUCACCAGCAGUGGUAACACUACAUUUGGGCCCCCUGUAGCGUGGUCAGCUUUCACCUUGCAUGAGCUGAGUGGAUUGAUUCCUAUAUUUGAUCACAGCAUCUUGCAGAAGAUCCCCAAGAAUGCUUUAAUUCUUUGGCUGAAGAACUUUGCACAUGAAUCACAUCUGUCAAGGGAACAGCUGGCUGCCAUUGUCGAAGAACUCCUGCCUACUAGGCAUAAGCGUGCUGUGGAUUGCCCACCUGAAAAGAAGAUAACAGACGUCGUUCUUGAUGAUGACUUGAUGCCUAUUUACUACACACCUGAGGAGUUACGUGCUUGCCUGAAGAAUGUCUCUCUGGAAAAUCACUUAUCUCAGAUACUGACCUAUUCCUUCAGUAAUGAGCAAUUAGCUGUGCUGAAGGAUAAGUUGGAUGAGACUUAUCCUGAUGGGUAUCCUGAAAGUCUACUUCCCAGACUUGGCCCUCUCCUUUCAUUCAUCACCCUUCAGGAUCUUUCCAAAUUGAAGAUCACUUCAGCUAACACGCUGACUUUCUUGCUCAAAGAUCGGAGUGAUGAUCAGGCCUCUGCAAUAAUCAGACGAUAUAUUGACUUGGGAAAUGCCUUGAAUGCCACUGCACUGAACGCAAUUGGUAGGAACUACACAUGUCUUCUAAAUGCCACCGAGUUGGCCAUGAUAGACCCCAACACCUUGAAACUGGCAACUCUGAAUUCUUCAGGCUGUUCACAGUUUACGAAAGACACCUUAUAUGAUAAAGCAAAACGUGCUUUUUCAGACCAGCACUAUUUACCUGCUUACUAUAAGCUUAUUGAACCAUAUCUAGGGGGUGCUCCUGGUGUGGAUCUCAAAGCUCUAAGUAAGGACAACGUGAACAUGAAAAUCAGUACUUUUGUGAACUUGCGAGAAGACUCUUUGUUGAGCCUGACGCCUUCUGAGGUUCAGGACUUGCUGGGAUCACAUCUUGGUGAUCUGAAGAAAUGGCAGAACAAGCCUCCGGUCUGGAAUUGGGUCCAAAGGCAGAAACAAUCAGAACUAGAUCAGCUGCAUAUUGGGCUCACUGGGGGAACACAAGAAGGCUACAUCAACGUUGUUGUGCCCAAGUUACCAUCCUCAGCCUCGUUGGGUGCUGUGGCCAUGAUGCUCCACCUCCUGCCUUCUCUGCUUAUCAGUUUCCUGAUGAUGUCAGUUUUGUCUUGAAAAUCUUCCCUCAAGAGAAAACAAAAUGAGGGGGACCAGCCUGUCACCUGCUCUGGGGCUUGUUGGGACAGCUACACCUGGGGGGUGAGGGGUCAUGGGUGCUAGCAGGCAACUGUUAUACAGCCCAGGGUUCACUUUUAGCUACUUUUGUCUUUCAAAUCACUCAAAAAAAUCCCCCAGUGUUCUGACUGAAGCACAGAUUUCAGACUCCACAGAGCAGGAUCUUUGGCUUUUGGUACAGACCAAACACAGGUGAGCCCCAUCCACGUUACUGCAACACAAACGCUGUCAAUAUUUCCCAGUGCAACCCUGGUGGGUUUAAGGGUGAGCAAAUUGGCUGCUCUGCAUGUUACGGGUUUCUCAAAGAGCCUGAUCCCUUCAUACUGCCCAGACCUCUGAGUGGGAGUGAAGUUUUCUGGCUGAUCAUAAAUAAAUAAUGGAACUAAGUAAAAAAUGCCAGAAGCAAA